AUGGCGCGUCAUACCCCAGCCGGCUCCGGUCGGAGUAGGGCAUCGCGUGGCCGUGGCCCUUCUCGAAAGCGUGACAGAGAUGAUGAUGAAGAGCUCCCCGACGUCUACCAGGAGAUGCUGCAGGAGGCGGAAACGCGAGAUCCUGCCCAGUUUUCUUCUGAUCGGCCGAUCAAAAGACGCAGGGCUGGAGACAUAAAGGCCAUACCUGUUGAUCAAGGACGUAUCCGGGCAGAAGCCGACGAUCAACCAAUUCAGACCAUCUAUGACUCUUCUACAGCGGAUGAAUCAGACGUGGAAUGGGAAGAUGUUGACAUCACACAACAUAGGGCAAGCUUGCCCAGUCCGAUCUCAGCAGCUCAUGGCGGCGAGGACACACUCCAAAUUACUUUCGAUCAAGGCUCUGGUAAGCCAAAGAAGAGCAUUCAGCGGCGAAAGCCAGUCUCUGCAGCCGAAAGGAAAAUUCGAUUGGAUAUACAUAAAGUUCAUAUUCUUUGCCUGCUAGCCCAUGUCCAUUUGCGCAAUCUCUGGUGUAACGACCGGGAAUUACAGGGAUUCCUUUCCAAAAUGCUUCCCAAGAAUGUGAAGAAUUUGCUGCACCCAAGCGAAGACAAAGCGCAGUACCUCAGGUCUACCACAUUCAUGGAUGGGCUGAAUCAAGCUGGCGAUAUCUUUAGUCGAAGGUUUCGAGUCACAAAGCCGGGUUUGAAGCGUGCCCAUUGGGCCGAGAGUCAAGAUCAGUUGAAGCAGAAAUUGGAAUCUAUCAUGUCCGACGCUGAGGUGUUUCUGUCAAAAGCAGACUUCAUAAGUCAGGCCAAGGCCUUAGAGGGCUCUCGAGAUUUUGGGGCUCAGUUGUUCUGUGCCCUACUACGAUCUGCAGGCGUUGAGACGAGGCUUGUUUGCUCCCUCCAACCUCUGCCGUUCUCCGGCACUGUCAAGGAUAUGACCCCCGUGAAGACAGAUCGAAAGUACAUCGUGAUAUCCUCCGACGACCACGAAACGUCCACGGAUGAGCAUAUCCGCCCGGGCAAUUCUCCAACUCCUUCUCGAGCUCGCCGAAUUGGACAGCCCCAGUUCACUCCGUCAAGACCAUCUCAGCCAUCUGCACGCUCCGGUCCUCGCCCGAAUCUUCGAGAGUCCUCGUGCCCUGUGUUCUGGGUGGAAGCCUUCAAUGAAGCCGUGCAAAAGUGGUUCCCGAUCGAUCCUAUAGUAACCAAGUCACUCGCAAAGGCUGUCAAAUUCGAACCUCCCGCCAGUGAUCCGUACAACUUCUUGAGCUACGUGGUUGCCUUUGAUGACGACGCUUCUGUCGUAGAUGUCACUCAACGAUACACCAAGGCUUACAAUGCGAAGACCCGCAAAUUUCGGGUUGAAUCUACCCGCCACGGAGAUAGAUGGUGGCAGAAGGCGCUGGUCGCCUACGAGAAGCCGUUUUUGCUGGACCGAGACGAAGCCGAGAUCAGUGAACUCACAUCCAAAUCAGCUGCCGAACCUAUGCCACGCAAUAUUCAAGACUUCAAAGAUCACCCAAUCUAUGCGCUUGAGAGACAUCUUCGUCGCAACGAAGUCAUUCACCCAAAACGCGUUAUUGGACAUGUCGGUCUCAGCAAAACAACGUCGAACAGUGACCAUUUGGAUACCGUGUAUCGUCGAUCUGAUGUGCAUGUCGUGCGCAGUGCCGACAAGUGGUAUCGCCUCGGACGGGAUAUCAAAGUGGGCGAGCAGCCUCUCAAACGUGUCCCUGCCAGCCGAAGCAAGGCGGGGGUUCUCAGUGAUGAAGACGAUACCGAGCCCGAAGAGACGGCUUUGUACGCCGGGUUUCAGACUGAGAUCUACAAACCGCCGCCAGUUGUCCAAGGAAAGGUCCCCAAGAAUGCCUACGGAAAUCUCGACAUUUAUGUUCCAAGUAUGAUUCCGCCUGGUGCAGUCCACAUCAGGCGACCUGAGGCGGCUCGAGCAGCCCGGAUUCUUGGAGUCGACUAUGCAGAUGCGGUGACGGGGUUUGAUUUCAGAGGACGUCGCGGGACAGCUGUUUUGCAAGGUGUUAUCAUUGCGACCGAAUACGAGGAGGCUUUGAACGAGGUUCUGAGAAGCAUUGAAGAUGACCGACUGCAUGCCGCGUUCGAAGCCAGAUCCGCAGAAUCACUUCGUCUCUGGCGACUAUUCCUGGCAAAACUCCGAAUAGCGGAACGCGUAAAAGCCUACGCAGAUGAUGAUGCACAGUCAGAGAUGAGCAUUGAUGUUGAAGCAGAAGAAGCGGGUGGGGGAUUUAUCCCCGAACCUGGCCAGCGGCUUGACAGUCGACCCUUGGUGCUUUUGGGAGGAAAGGAUUUGGCCCAGCGUGCCGUUCCGCCCAUUCCCGAGACCAAAAAUGGUCCGGCUUACGCAUCGAGCAAAGACUAUGAGUUUCCAGGCGGAGGAUUCAACCCUGGUGGGCCAAUUGACCAAGACUCGACUACAGCGCCUGCUGCCUCAACGAAAAGCCUACCGGCUGGUCUCCAACGGAACAAGGGAACCCGACUCCCACCCCCACCGCGCUAUCAAUUGGUCGUUGUUCCAAAUGAUAGUGUCAACAACAGUGGCAAUUUGGAACCCGGCAUCAUAUUUGGCAAUUUGCCCACAACUCCAGCAGCAGCAGCAGCCGAGCCUAGAUACCCCGAAGGGUCAUCUGAACAGGCUCCCAUCACCGUGGAUUCAUCAAAUGAAGGUUCAAAGUCUGUCAGUGUUGAACUUACAUCCAAACCAUCUUCUCCAGAGCCGCAACGUCAAUCCCCCGUGCCAAUGGAACAGGAUUCCGACAGUGAGAUCGAGAAGGGGUCGUUAAUGUCAGAGGAUCCCGAGGAUGAAGAUGCCAUUCCUGAAUGGCUUGUUGCGGCGCCAAAUGCCUGUGUUGACGUUUUACAUUCCGGAUUGCACACAGCUGUUGCAAUGAUACCACAGCAGAGUUCUGAACGCCCACCAGAGACCGCUCGCCAUCAAUUUCGCACACCCAGCAGACCCGCCUCUCACACUGGCUCCAUAUCUACGACCUCGAAAAGCACUACCUCGAAGCGAGCCCGGUCUCCGGCAUCAUCAGUGCUCUCGAGAACCCACAAGCGGAGUUCGUUGUCAAACCCCCGGGCCCAGCCCACGCUCACCCAGAUCGACUUUGUCACGCAGCCUGAGCCGGAUAAUGAUCAACUCGCAUACGUCAAUGAACCCAUUCCUAGAGAUGAUACCCAAAACACAGCUGCCUCUACGGUAGACGAUGGCUCAGACGACGAUCUCGACUAUCGCCCGCGGCCGGCUCGACCAGCCCGCGCUGCCAAUGAACAAAGUGUCACCCGUAGACCAAGCUCUGGGGUCAAUAGCCGAGAUGCAGGUCGGAGCGGUGUACGAAAAAGUGCAACCCCAAGGGCAAGUGCAAAGACCAGAGGUGGUCGAAAAUCCGCGGAGAAGCCGGGCACGAAACGAGACAAGACCCUCACGCAGAUGGACUUUGUACGGCGAUACAUCACAAUCGAUGAUGACGAGGACGAUGCGAAUAUGCGAUACAUAGAACCAUUCCCGCAGAGGAAUGUUGGUCAGGAGGCACAACCUCCUCCAUCUGUCGAAGCAGAAACUGAACGUCGUGCGCCUGGACGGGCUUUUCCGGAAUGCAAGGGCAGGGUCCAUGACGUGGAAGUGGAUCUGUCCACAGGAGAGCCUAUAUCAGAAUCAGGUGGUACCCAUGAAACAAGUGUCAGUGAUGUGCACAACGACGAUCCAGCAUCUGCGGUCACCAGAAAGCCCUGGACUCGCAAUCAUUACCUCAUCCCAAUUUCGCAGCGCCACACGUUCUCCUCUAAAACAAAAGACUUUGGACCUUACACAGCAACCCCCGAGCCCAUCAAGGAGGAAUCUCCUGAACCCCAGUUCUUGCAGGACGAAGGGAGCGAUUCACUUGCCAGAAAUUUGACGUUUGACUUUCCCAAAGUGUCGAGCUCUCUUCCACCACAACUCCCUACACCUACUAAGGUUAGUUCGGCUGCUCCGUCCACACCCCGAGAGGACGAACCCCGAAUUGAACACCCGAAGAGCGAGAGGACCGUGGUUUAUGAAACAGACGCGGGGUCCGACUAUGGCGACUUUGACGAUGACGAAGGCUCCUUGAAAAAUGAAGCUGGGAUGCCUUCUCAACCAAAUGAGCUCUCAAAGGACGAUGCAACAACGCAAACAAGCUCAACAUCUCAACAGGACGACUCCCAGGAGUAUCCUUUGCCCACCAUGCCGCCUAAUACGGACCGGGACUUCGGUUCGGCGGUCGAACCCUCAUCAGAUGCUUCGGUCUAUUAUCAGAGGCUGCAUCCAGCUACCCAGUUCCCCCACGAACCUAUACCGGCGCUGAAUACGCAGAAGCUCUCCGAGCUGUUUUCUCACGAGGGUAGUGCUCGCUACCCGAAAGCUGGCCCACCGCGACCGUCUCCUCCACAACUCCCGGGACCACUGCCACAGACUCAAACCCAAACCCAAACCCAAAGUCAGGAUGCAGGGAAAACAUCAACUGAAGUCGUGCCCGAAUCGUCUCCCAUUCGAGGCCAAGAGAACAACAUGGACUUGCCCGAACACUUCUUCCAGCGGCCUCCUGCCCCCGACCCCCUGGUGCAAGUUGAAUCGUCGCAGGCUGUAGAUCGGGGCAGCUCGCGGCCGGGGGUGUUGUCACGGAGCCAGCUGCUGACGUCCAGCGUGAUGGAGAGUGUUCCGUUGCCGAAUUUCUGGAUGGGCAGUCAGGAUAGCGUGGGCGAGCCGUACAGUCUGCCGGAGGGAUAG